CAGCUGUCAAGUUUGUUUUGAUUCGACGGCGUGUAUUCCUCAUUGAAAAGCAUUGUACGAAAGGUUCAAAAGUUUUGAUUUUUCUAAAGCCUAUAAUAAAUUCACUUGAAUUGAUUUACCUUCCAAUGAUUAUGAAAAUGAAACAAAACAAACGCCGUGUUGGCCUACCGCCACCACCAUCUCGAGAAGAGUUGGAAGAAAUGUCACAGGAAGGCGUGAAAGAGUCGGUCAAUGAACAAUCGCCGCACUCUGGAUCCGAUGUAAUGGAAGACAACGUCGAUGAAAAUAAUGUGCAACAAUCAUCAAUAGUCAAUAACGAUGAGGAUGAAGAUGAUGACGACGAAAUGGAUUUAGGCAACUUCGACAUGAAACCUACAAAGAAGAAACGAAAAAAGGGCAUCAUUUACGUUUCGAACAUACCCAAGCACAUGAAUGUUACAAGAAUACGUGAAAUAUUAGGUGAAUAUGGAAAAAUAGGACGCGUCUAUUUACAGCCAGAAAAGCUGCCUGGCGGUAACGAUAAAAAGAAAAAACGCAAACGUCUUGCGCGCCAUUUCACAGAAGGUUGGGUUGAGUUCGAAUCGAAGCGGGUGGCUAAAAAACUUGUUGAACUAUUGAAUAACAAACAAAUUUCCACCCGUAAAACAUCACAAUUCUAUGACUAUCUAUGGAGCAUGAGAUAUUUACCACGCUUCAAGUGGGUGCAUUUGACCGAGCGUAUGAACUAUGAGCAAGCAGUGCACAAGCAACGUCUACAGACUGAGGUGUCACAGGCGCGCAAGGAAACAACAUUCUUCCAAAAUAAUUUAGAUAAAAGCGAGUUUUUGAAGAAAAAAGAGAAAAAGGCGAAGAAAGUCACAGAAGCGCAGUCGGCAAAUGCGUGAUAGAGACGAGACGGGGAAAAUAUAUAGUUUUAAUUCUUUGAUUAGUUUUAAACGUUUUUUUAGGAAUUUGUGGCAAAAAAUAUCAGUUGAAAAAUAAAUUGUGGCAAU